AAACAUUUCAUCGUGAUUUCAUCAUAAUAUUCUUUGGUAGUAACCGAUAUAAAAAGCCAACAACGCAUGAAAUAUUCAUUACACCACAAUAUGAAAUAGAUGAAUCAGUAGAAAUGAGAGAAAACGUGGAAGUCCUAUACUAAUUAUGUGACCAAGAAAAUCCAGACAAACGACCUCUCCGUCGUUUAGACAUGCUGAAUUGUUCGAUGUUGAAGUGGGCACAGGGAAUAUUCGCUGAACAGAACCGAGAAAAAAAUUAACCAUGGCGAGGACUUGCGCAAAAGAUUUACACAACCUUUUGAGGCAUCUAGGCAAACUAUCAGGAGGACAGGCCAAUAUAUGUGACUGGGACCCAGAUGAUUGUUCCACAUUUGAGCUGGAAAUAGCCCCUUCUGGGGGUCUAUAUGCAAGUGGCAAGUUUAAAUUCACGUUUAAGAUUUGCACAGAAAAUUAUCCAGAUGUAGUACCUGAAAUCAUCUGUACAACUCCAAUAUACCAUCCAAAUAUUGAUACCAUUGAAAAUAGCUUUGAAGAUACCAACAUUUGUGUAAGUUUACUAGACGAUUGGACCGAGGAUAAUGAUCUUGACGACUGCGUCCAAGCCUUGCUGUUUUUGUUCUAUAAUCCCAACACCGAAGACCCACUUUGCCCUAUUAUAUGUCCAGCUAUAACUGAGGAUGAGUUUGAGGACAAUGUCAGAAGAUCUUUGGAAGGUGGAGAUGUUGAGGGACAACAAUUUGAAACAAAUUAUGGUUACAUCGAUAACAAAAUAGUGAAGUCUACCGAUAAUAAUGAAGAAGAGGUCCAGAUUGAUGAUGAAAAAGUUGCCGAAACAGCAGAGAAAUCCGAAGAAUUGGUUGUAAAACGUGAAAUAGAAGUUAGUGUUGAAAACAACAAUGAAGUCAAACAGGCAAUUGAUUUGGAAACAGCUGAUAAAACAACAAACGAAAAUGCUUACGAUGACAGGGAGAUAUUAACAGCAUUAAACUCGGACAGACAAGAAAAGGAAACAAAAAUUUCAGAUCAAAAUGACUACAAAAUAAAAGCUACAACAGAAUUACAUCCACGUGACCAAGUAACUACGUUUUACACAAGAUACUCAAAACAUUCAAAUAAUAUUACACAACUAUACCAAACAUUUGACAAUCUAGUCCCUUAUCAUAUUCUUAUUUCAGUUAUGUGCACAUAUUUUAUAAGAAGGGUAUAUAAAUGGAGAUGAUAUCAAGGUGCUAUUAUAUUACAUGGUGCAUAAAAUAGAGAUUGUGUGCAAUAGUCAAUUUUAACUUAUCUACAUGUGUCUUUCAUUUUCCAUAUAUAUUUGUUUUAUUAUGACAGAAUUGAUUUAUACGAAUAAAAGUGUUUGCCAUUAAAU